GAGUGAGGCAGGCCGGGGCUGAGACAGAGGCUGGGCAAAGGGGACAGAUGUAGGGAGAGAUACAGAACACAGGCACUGGCAAGAGGACUCUCAGGCGAACUUUACAUUUUCCGAUUAUACUUCUUAUCUCGGAUAUCUUUUACACCUCUGAAGAUAACACAACAGCUUGAAAUGUCGCUCAUCCUGACUGUGCUGGACAAGCUGGCUUACUUUCUGUCUCUGAUAGCGUUUUGUGUCAGCGUGUCUUACAGCUGGCUGAAAUGAAACUAGAUUCUUCCCUUUCCAAAUCCACGUGCUCUGAUAACUGACCGGGUGCUUUUUUCACUGGAUGUUUAACAAAUGAUCCUGUUGAGUUAGGAUGCUUUUACUCGAAACCUGUGGACAGCUGCCACCUCUGCGUGUAACUGAAGACAGUAAGCUCUUUGCCAAAGACCACGAUGCUGCAGCGGUGCAUCCUGAGGCCGUACCAUGUGCUUGCUAUGGUGCUGUGUGUGUCAGCCGGGGAGGACUUUGACUGGACCAAGAAUGAGAGGACAUCUUUCUACUACGGCACCUUCCCAACUGGUUUCUCCUGGGGAGCUGGCACCUCUGCCUACCAGACCGAAGGAGCUUGGAACAUAGACGGCAAAGGAAUGAGCAUCUGGGAUGCAUUUGCCCACAAAAAGGGGAAAAUUGUCGCAAAUGACACGGGAGACACCUCGUGUGAGGGCUACUACAGAUUCAAGGAUGACAUCACCUUGAUGAAGGACAUGAAGCUGAAUCAUUAUCGUUUCUCCAUCUCCUGGCCGAGGAUUUUACCAAGCGGACUUAAAAGUGAACACAUCAACGAGAAAGGAAUCAAAUAUUACGAUGACCUGAUUAACAUGCUGCUGGACAAUAACAUCACACCCAUUGUUACUUUGUACCACUGGGAUUUACCGCAGUUCUUACAGGAGAAGUACGGCGGCUGGCAGAACGUCUCCAUGGUGAACCACUUCAACGACUUUGCAAACUUAUGCUUUGAAAGAUUUGGAAAGAAAGUGAAGUACUGGAUCACUUUCAACAAUCCGUGGUCCAUUGCUGUGGAGGGAUAUGAAACAGGGGAACAUGCACCCGGACUGAAGCUAAAGGGAACCGGAGCUUACAAAGCUGCCCACCACAUCAUCAAGGCACAUGCUAAGGUUUGGCACACGUAUGACAUGCAGUGGCGAAGCAAACAAAAAGGCCUGGUUGGGAUCUCGCUAACAGCAGACUGGGGGGAACCAGUGGACAUCACCAACCAGAGGGACAUUGAAGCAGCAGAGAGAUACAUCCAGUUCUACAUGGGAUGGUUUGCUACUCCCAUCUUCAACGGAGACUACCCCCAGGUUAUGAAAGAUUACAUCGGCAGGAAGAGUGGCCAGCAGGGCCUGGGAGCUUCACGGCUGCCCGUCUUCUCGCCUCAGGAGAAGAGUUACAUCAAGGGAACCUGUGAUUUCCUGGGCCUCGGCCAUUUCACGACUCGCUACGUCACCCUGAAGAAUUACCCAUCAGGCCUCGGAGACAGCUACUUUGCAGAUCGAGACCUUGCUGAGCUGGUUGACCCAAAAUGGCCUGAUCCAGGCUCUGAAUGGCUCUAUUCUGUUCCCUGGGGCUUCAGACGCCUGUUGAACUUUGUCAAGACUCAGUAUGGAAACCCCAUGAUAUACGUGACAGAAAACGGCGUGUCCGAGAAAAUGCUCUGCACCGAUCUCUGUGAUGACUGGAGAAUGCAGUACUUCAAAGACUACAUCGAUGAAAUGCUCAAAGCGAUUAAAGAUGGCGUGAAUGUGAAGGGUUACACAGCCUGGUCUCUCCUCGACAACUUUGAGUGGGAUGAAGGGUACUCCGAGAGGUUCGGACUCUACUACGUCGACUUCAGGAACAAAAACAAACCACGCUACCCGAAGGCCUCUGUCCAGUUCUAUAAACGCAUCAUCAGCUCCAAUGGCUUUCCCAAUCAGAGAGAGGUGGAGAGUUGGAAGAGGAAAGCCGUAGAGACUUGCUCCUCCAGUAACCAGCUCCUGGCUGCAGAUCCACUGAUAGGCCACAUGGAGAUGGUUACAGAGAUUGUGGUUCCCACCGUGUGCACGCUCUGCAUCCUCCUCAGUGCAGUCUUCCUCAUGUUCCUGCUGCGUGGACGCAUCUGAAAACACACGCACACACACACACGAUUCUGAGAGUGACUUCAAAGCUGUGAAACUUCAUCCUGUCAAGAGCAUUUUGUUGAUUUAACUGUCUGCUGUUCCGUUUUGAAUAAACACUUUUCCAGGUUCUCACAAUUGAGUCAAAUUAGCCGGUAGCUGUCACAAUUCUAGAAGAAUGAAUUCAAGCUUGGUAUAUUACUAUUAUUUCAUUUUUUUAACAAACUGGUCUUGUGUGGUUUUUGAGUAAGCUACUCAAACUAGCUGCAGAGAGGAGAUGGUUUCUUGUCAACAAGUUUGUAAAAUUAAGAAAUGAGAGUGAAGGGUUGUACUUUGUCUCAUACACUUCAAUAAAUCAAUAUUUAAGACUUGAA